UAUAUCGAUGGGCAGCCACACGUCACAACAAAACAAUAUUUUAGCUGGCCCGAAAUAAAGCGAAAACUGGAAAUGGACAAAGAUAAAUUUACACUGCAGUCGAUACGACAGGAUCUGAUCGAUAACAAUCUGCAGGCCAAGGCCAUAAUACAGGAUAUACUCAACAGUCGAUCUUCGAUCGCUGAACUGGAGGAACUAAAUGAAGCCGGCAGAGCCAAAUUGUCGGCGUUACGCAAGAAUAUCGAACGCUUGGACGACUGGGCACGCGACAUGUCCGAUCCAACGCUGGCCAACGAGGUGGACACGCAUCGCGACCAGUUCUCCAAGACGCUGCAGGCAUUCCGCAAGGCGAACGUGUCCACCAUGCUGGAGAUUGAGAAGGCGAAUCGUGACGAACUGAUGGCCAUCACCGGCGAGAGUGAUCUGAGACAGCGCCCAAAUGCGGGCACGCGACAUAAUCGGGGCAGUCUGGUUUCCCAGGAAAACGAUGUCACUGAGAAAAUGUUGGCGAUAUCGCGCCAUCUGUCGGAGACAACGCAAAAGAGUGCGGUCACACUGGAGAGCCUGCUUGCCUCCUCACAGAACGUGGAGGCGACCAACGAUGAACUGCACAACACUGCCGGCAGCAUCACUCAGUCAGGCAAACUCCUCAAGAAAUACGGCAGACGCGAAUGGACCGAUAAAAUGCUGCUUUUCUUUGCAUUCUGCUUGUUUCUCGCUUGUGUCUUUUAUAUUGUGCAGAAGCGUUUGUUCUAAAUGCUUACGACUAUUGUAAUUAUUAUUCUUCUAUAUGUGUAACGGGCAUAUGAUGUCGGGAAAUAUGUGUAAAAUGCUUUUCUAAUCUAAGAUUAUGAUUAUUAUAUACUUAGGCACUUUUUAAUUCAAUUAUUACACUUAGGCAACACAAUUUCAAUAAAAACAAGUCA